GAACUUCAAAACGAAGCAGAUUCGGCAUCGGCGUCUCUCGCGCACGCUGCUUUCAGUCCAGUCAUAAACAUUGAACCGCGUGGUCCAUUGGACCGUACUCCAAUAUAAAAUUAUCAUGUUUAAUCUUUGUGUAUUAUGUGUUGUGUCAUCAAAUGUUGAGUUAAAAUAGUGUUUAAAUAAACGACUUGACUAUCAUCGUGAAACAUAAAAAUCAUUUUCAUAAACAAAUCAAAACAGAAAAUAAUUUUGGAACUAUCAGCUUUGAAAUCCCUUUUUAUAGGUGGCAAUGAAGUUAUAAUUAACUCUAAUUCAUCCCACUUUUUCGAAUGCAAUUCAAUGAAAAUGGGACACAGCCAAUUUACCUACUUUCAUUUGCACUGUUAACGUGGCAUAGUCACUUUAUUUUUAAACAUCGGCGUCAGAUCGAUCGAAACACGGAAAUUCAUAAAACAAAAACGUACCAAGCAAAAGUUGGGAAUGCAGCGAGUAUCGGUAUUUUAUUUACGUGAAAAGCACAGCGAUAUCCGUUGUGGUUCUAUUUUCGCACUUUAUCGUUUAUUACGGAGGCCAAAAGCGUGGCGCUGAGGGCGCCGCGCGCGAGAGUCGCCCGAGCCACUUUACCGCCUGAUAUUAUAUUCUAGAGCACGCCCGCCUUACCUCGCUUCGCGCCAGAUAUUUCGAGUGUUGCUUCUAGCACCUAUGAAUUUAUCUAGUCUCAGUCACAUCACUCGCCCGGUGCAGCCGCCUGCAUCGUUAACAAAGGCCUGUCAAUAGUCGAUUUACAAAGCUUAAGGCUAGUCGAUCCAAUUAAGUCAGAAUCCAUUUGGUAUAUUUUGUUCUGGUUUCAAAUAGAUCUGAAUAUAAGAUUAAAUAUAUGUUUUAGAAAUAUUAAAACUAAAUUAUUUUAAAUAAUAUCUAUAUUUAAAUUUAUGUACAUAUUUAUUUAAAUUAAUGUGAGAAUAUUUGUGCAAGAGCAAGCGAAUAUAAAUAUAUAUGAAAUCAUUGGUUGACGAUAUCACGUCUAUCAUCUAUGGCUAUAUUCACUUCUAAGCGCCGGCCAUUGUAUUGAGGUGAAAAGCUUAACAACAAAGGCGACAGACCCCGCAGCAACUACCAUAUAGGUUUGAAGAGGAAAUAAAUAAGGAAGGUAUCACAUUUAAUUUUAAAUGGAGGAAAGUGAAGGUAUACGAGGAUGGGGAUGUACCCCUACUGGUGAUCCUCCACCAGCAGCUGUAGUAUCAAACUCAUCACAGACACAAGUUGGUUGUUUGCCAACAUGGGUUACUAGAGGCUGGAGACGAAACACCUUAUACGGGAUCAUUAUAUUUUUAUUGAUACUCGUGUUUUUAAAUAUAGCGUUAACGCUAUGGAUUAUAAGUUCCUUAAAAUUGACUGCGAGAGGUAUAGGUCCAAUAACGAUAGUGAAGGAUGGCAUCCGUCUCGAUGGACAAGCGUGGGUGGUAGACAAUCUAGUUGCUUCAACAAUAUCGUCGCAACCCGCUCAGCCUAUCACUCUACACUCACACCGCAACUUCACCAUCCUAGUCUCAGAGCCCGACCUUGUGGAACACUCUAAACUAAUUAUAAAGAGAGACGGUAUAGAAUGCAGCGGGAAAGUGUUCGAGGUUCGUGACGGUAAGGGUGGUGACGUGUUUUUCGCAUCUCGGGAGGAGGUCCGCGUCUCCGCAGAAACUCUGUUAGUUGAUGGUACAGGCGGGCUAGCCGUGCGGAGUGCUGUACAAACGCCUCUUGUGCAAGCGCCGCCCGGUUCUGAUUUACAAUUAGAAUCUCUGACUAGAAGACUAGACAUGAGGGCACCGCAAUCUAUAUAUCUUGAAAGUAGAGCAGGUAGUAUCGAUAUAACAUCCCAUAGCAACAUCAAAUUGGAUUCAGUCGUGGGAGCCAUUAAAAUUGAUGCGCCGAACAUAAUAAUAAACAAUUUAAAGGAAGCAAAAACAAGCGAGACUUCACAGAAAAACUCAAUAGGAAAAAAAGUUUACCAGCUCUGCGCUUGCGCAUCUGGGAAAUUGUUUCUGGCAGCAUCUGAUGCUAUAUGUGCGAUGCAAGAUAACGACACCGAGUUAUGUCGAUGAUGAUGCAAUUUUUUAAAAGUGAAAAAGGGUAAAAUACCUACACAUAUAGACUCAUCAUGAAUAAAACAUUUAAAAAGGGCGAAUGGGAAGAGGCGUGAAGAAACUUCUUUAAAAAAUGUAAUGUAACGUCAAAACGUAUUACGAUUGCUAUUUGUCUAUUCCAAUUGAUAGACUCACGAUGUGUACUUAUAUAUAGCAUACCUCACAAAUUAUUUUAAUGAAAUGAUAGAAUUAAUGGGCACAUAACAAGAAAAUUAAAAAAUAUAACUUUAUUUAUAAAUUCGUAUAAUAAGUAAAUAAUAAUAAUAUAUUUUUUAUUUGAAAAAAUACACCAAUUAACUAUUAAUAAGAAAUUAAAAGAAAUAAAAAAUAGUAUUGUAUGUUAAUGAUUCGCACAAAGCACGAAUAACGUUUUUAUUUUAGAUAAGAAGUUUUGGUCGGUUCCUAUAUUUAACAAAUCGUUAUUGUACAUUAGUUACCAACCGUUUUUGGAUUAUGAGUAACGAUCCGUUAAAGUCGUUCCUAUAUCUUACAUACAUAUAUGGAACUUCAAAAUGAAUUGUUUCUUGAAUAUAGUAACCAGACUUCAAUAACAAUGAAGACUUAAAUGUUGAAUAUUGUUGUUCUUUAUGAUACACAACAACAGUCAAUUGAAGAUAAAAUAAAAUAAAUUUCAAUAAAGACUUC